UCGAUAUACAAUAUAAACGUGUAAUAAAGUUAAGAUUUUGUCAAUGUCAUAAUAUAUAAAUGGUGUUUUCGAAAAUGAACGCUAUUAAAUAGGUUCGUCUUUUAAUCAUCUAUAAAUUGAACUGACAAAAAUUAGAUAUGAUAAUAUUUACAGUAUAGGAUAGUAGUCAUACUUGUUAUAAAGUUUAAAUAUCGUUGCAUUUUAUCUACAUAUACACAUAUAGUAUAUAAAUAUAUCGAUAAAAUAUCAAUCGUGCUUUUUCUAUUAGAAUUUUAGCAUGGCUUCAUUGUCCUUACGAGUAUUACAACAAAGAAAAACUAAUUUGUAUUUAGAACGUAAAAACAUCGGCAAAUUACAGUUUUGCAGAUAAUGUGUACAAUUAUUGCAGCAUUUGAUCCAACCACAUAUUGUAUUUUGGGUGAGCGAUAAGUCAAUAAAUGAUGAUCUGUUAUAUGUGUUGAUUAUUAUGCUAUUAUAUUUGCUAUAAUUUCUUGUUAUAAUCAUUUUGCUAUAUUAAUAUGCCACCUGUAUUACCACUAACUGAUAAGCAACUGCAUCAACUGAUCAUUAGUAUUGGAAAAGCAGUGAAUCCAACUGAAACUCCUGUUAAAGAAAAGCAUGUACGCAAUGCUAUUAUCAGCACAUAUCAAGAUAAAAGUGGUUCUAUAUUUUGGACGUUUAUACUACGGCAACCUUUAUUUGAACAUCAAAUCGUUGCGUGGAAAUUUUGCCAUGUUUUACACAAAGUAUUACGAGAGGGCCAUCCAAAAGUAAUCAGCGAUUCCCAAAGAUAUUAUGGUAAAUUGGAAGAUAUUGGAAAACUAUGGCAACAUCUUCGGGAAGGUUAUGGCCGUCUUAUUCAAUUGUAUAUACGAUUAUUAAUUACAAAGUUAGAUUUCCAUAAACGCAAUCCACGUAUACCUGGAAAUCUUCAGGUUACUGCCGAAGAACUCGAAGCAAUUGGCGAAAAUGAUAUAAAUAUUUAUUUUCAAAUGUCAGUGGAAAUGUUUGAUUAUAUGGAUGAUAUUUUGAGUUUACAACAUACAGUAUUUGGAUCAUUGGAUAUGUCACGUUCAAAUUCAAUGACACCAUGUGGACAAUGUCGACUUGCACCAUUAAUUCCGUGCAUUCAAGAUGCAUCUAAAUUGUAUGAUUAUUGUGUUAAAAUUUUAUUCAAACUUCACGGUGCACUGCCUGCGGAUACGUUAACAGGUCAUCGCGAUAGAUUUUCAAAACAGUUUCAAGAACUGAAAGGUUUUUAUAAUACUAUUAAGCAUAUGCAGUAUUUUAAACAUUUAAUAACAAUACCAUCCUUACCAGAGAAUCCACCAAAUUUCCUAAUACAAGCUGAAUUAAGAACAUAUGUUACACCAAUUGUUGUACUACCUCCGGAGGAAUCAUUGGAUAAUGAAACCGUAGUUGAUAGUCUUAUUGAUACAUCAGAUACAAGUUCAUUACCAGGUGAUCAAUUGGAUUCUUCUCGGAAUGGAUCUAUUUCACCCGAUGCAUUAACAGAAAGAGAUAAUCUUAUUAAACAUUUACAUCAAGAAAAUGGACGACAAAGACAAGAACUACAUAAAUUGCUUACAGAUCAUCAACGCAUUGUUGGAGAACUUCGAAAUCGUAUUUUAGAUUUGGAAUCUGCUCUUAGUACCAAAGGAAAUGAAAUUGUACAUGAAAAGCAAACAAGUCAAGAAAUAACUAAACAAAAGGAAGAUAUGUUUGUUCAACUCCAGGAGGUUAAAGAAAAAAAUAGAAUAGUCGAAGAGAAGUUUCACAAACUUAAAGAUAUAUAUUCAAAACUAAGAGAAGAGCACAUUGAUUUAAUUAGAAAGAAAGCUGAUGUAGAUAAACAAUUGGGUGGAGUAAAAAUACAACAGGAGCAAUCGGAGCGCAGAGCUGUUGAAGCAGAACAACGUUUACAGGAAUUAAUACAAGGACAAGCUACUGCUGAACAAGAAGCACAAAGAGUUGCUCAAGCGAGAGCAGAUUUAGAUGAUGUAAGAAAAGAAUUUGAUGCUGCUAAAACUCAAAAUUUGGCUUUAACAGCAAAGAUAGAUUUUAUCGCAUCUGAAAAGGCAGCAGUUGAAGGUAGUCUUCACGAUUUGUUAGCACAAAAAGAAGAGUUAGACCAAAAAAUAAUGAAUUUAGAAUCCGAAACUGAACGAUGGCGUAACCAAAUGAAAAUAGAUGCUGAUACUACUCUAUUUGAAAUAGUUUUGAGCUGUAUAUGCGGAGCAGAGUCUAUCUUGCAGCAUGCAAUGCAUACGAUUGACAAUCCAGCAAUAACAGCUGUAACUUGUACACCAGAUUACCUCAGAGAAUUAGUUAAUCCAACAUUGGAUUCGCUGGAUGCUUUAGAUGCAUCAUACAACAGUUAUGUAAGUGAUGCUACAAAGGGAAAAAUGUUAAUUCGCAGUACAACUUAUGCUGCUUAUAUGCUUGCAUUAUACUUGAUACAUGCCAAAUCUACUUCAAACACAGCAACAGAUAUUGUCUUUGGUGAUAGUUUAGUAGAUGAAUGUAAACAAUUAGGAUCACAAGGUUUAAUGAUGCUAACAUAUAUCAAAGAAAAAUCACCAAUGACUAAAGAGCAAAUAAUCAAUGUUAAAAAUCAAUUGAAAAAAAUCUCAACUAUGAGUGAAAAAUUAUCUAAUGCUAAAGGAAAUGUUGAAGCUAUUGGUGAAUUAGUAGAAAAUGAACUUUCUAGUAUGGAUAAAGCUAUAGAAGAAGCUGCUAACAGAAUGCAAGAUAUGCUGGAUAGAUCCCGUGCAGCAGAUUCAGGUAUAAAAUUAGAAGUAAAUGGAAAGAUUUUAGACUCUUGUACAGAUUUAAUGAAAUGUAUAAGAAUAUUAGUUAAAAAGUCCAGUUUAUUACAACAUGAAAUCGUGAGUCAAGGAAAGGGUACAGCUUCUGCUACAGAAUUUUACAAACGAAAUCAUCAAUGGUCUGAGGGUCUUAUCUCUGCUGCAAAAGCUAUUGCCAUGGGAGCCAAUUUCUUAUUAGAAGCAGCUGAUAAAGUUGUAGCUGGUUCUGGAAAGUUCGAACAAUUAAUGGUCGCUUCGCAAGGUAUUGCUGCAUCCACGGCACAACUUGUAGUUGCGAGUAGAGUCAAAGCUAAUAGAAAUAGUAAUAAUUUAGCUGCACUUUCUGAAGCGUCCAGAGAAGUCACACAAGCUACGGCUAGUGUUGUUGCAACAGCAAAAAGUUGUAGCCAACUUGUGGAGGAAACAGAAGAUUUAGAUAUAUCUAAAUUAACAUUGCAUCAAGCAAAAAGACUAGAAAUGGAAGCACAAGUACGUAUUUUGGAAUUGGAACAAACAUUAGAAACCGAAAGGUUACGGUUUGCAGCCUUAAGACGUCACCAUUAUCAAUUGGAUAGUGAUGACCAAUUGGGUGGUUAAUUUAUAUCUAAUAUGUGAUGUGCGUGUGAUCAACAUAUGAGCGCUUUAAUAUUUCCAUUAAUUUGUUAAUCCAAAAUGUCAUAAAUUUUUUCUCUUUUUUUCUUAAUAAAUUUAUAUGUAUUUAUAAUAUUUUCAUAACAUUAAUGUGUAUACAUGGUUUAAUUAAAUACUGUUAGAUCAGAAACUGACAGUAUCAGGUUUUUAACUGCGUAUACAUUUGAAACAUUGUUUUGCACCAAUUUCGUUAGUUGCACUUUACACGUUUAAUGAAGAAGUCUGACUUGUAUUGAAGUUAAUAUUCUUUUAUUAAAUAAAUAAUAAUAUAUUGCUA